AUGAAGAAACAAUCACCUUCCAAAAGUCUCCUCCACCACCGGCGAUUCAAAGACUACUUUUCCGACUGGAUCACCAUCUUAAAAAACAAACACUUACCCAAUCUCCGCCACCACAUGUCCGCCACCACCACGUCAUCUUCUUCCCCAAAUCUCCUUUCUGCCCACGUCGAAAUCAUCCAUCAUCACUUCAAAUCAUACUACCAUACCCUCGACCUCGCUGCCUCAACCGACGUCUCUCAAAUCCUUUAUCCGACCGAUAUUCGUAACCCGAUUGAAAUCCCUUUUCUUUGGUUGGGUGAUCUCCAUCCUUAUCUCUUCACCAACUUAAUCCGGUCUUAUCUUAUUCAAAACGACGAAGAAGACGACGUUUCUUCUCAAGAAGAAGACGACGAAGAAUAUGAUCAUGAUCAUAGUAACCAUGAUCAAGAAAAUGAUGAUGACGUGGAAGAAAUUGAAGUUGGUGAGUCUUGUGAGUUUUUGAAGAAACAAUGGCCUUUAAUGAAUGCAUGGAAGAUACAAACACGUAAGUUAACGUGUCGAAUCGGUCAAAUUGAGCGUGGGUUAAGGCUAAUGGUGCCGGCUUUGAAUGAUCGGGUUAGGAAAGCGCAGUUAGCGUUUGUUGAGAAAGUUGGGUCAGGGGAAGUUAUGGCCGCCAUGGCUGCAGCAGAGAUGGAAGAGGAGAUGGUUGGGAUUGUUAUGGAUGCAAAUCGGUUACGAAAAGAUGUUAUCAGUGAGAUUGUUAGUGUUACUAGUGUUUAUCAAGCUGCAUUGUUUCUUGAAGGUUUAGCCCAAUUUUUAGUUGGAUUAAGAGAUGAGAAAUUGUUGCAUGAAUUCAAGAAGUGUAAGUCACCAGUCAAUUGAUGGGUUUCUA